AACAAAAUUGGUUCCAGUACUUUUUUAGGCCUCUUUGAAUUGACCGGAGUCUGCCGAAGUCAAAGCCCAGCUCCUCGCCGAUCGACGCCGCAAUUCCUCCGCGGGAUCUCGACGCUUACUGCGCUGGCGGUUGAUGGUUAAGUUUUCGGAUUAGUCCUCGUGGGAUCCCGAAAUUUCUUUCAGAUGAAAAGGGCAGAAGGCAUUUUCUUUAUGACGCGUGGUUGAGCUGCAACAAUGCUGUUUGCUGUGGAAGGAGGAGGAUUCUUCUCUUCUUCUGCAUCAGGGUAUAGCAAAGGGCUUGCCCUUUUACUCUUGGGCCAAAGAAACGAAGAAAAACCCAUUAGAGUUUCACCAUGGAAUCAAUACCAGUUGGUAGAGCAAGGAGUUGGAUCAAAACAGCCAGUCUCCAAGAAAAAGCAACCCUCAUGUGGAUGCACUUCCUUCAUUUGCUUCGGUUGCAAGUCGAGAGGAUCCGAUGGACUUUCAGAUUCGAAAUUGGGUUCUGUUCAAAAGUCUGAAACUUCACCAGGGUCAUCGGAUUCUUCUGACAGAGAUAAGGUUAGAAAUAGCGACUCUGCUGAUGAGAGCGAUGUGAAGAUGUUCCUCAAGAGUAGCCUAAAGAAGUCGUCGUCUGUAAAUUGCUCAUUAGUAGUUGAGAAUGGUGAGGAUAGAGAUAAUUCUUUGCAAGAGGCGGAAAACAACGUAUCUUGUACCGAUAGGAGAAAAAUUCACUGGACAGAUGCACAUGGUAAAGAGCUUGCUGAGAUAAGGGAAUUUGAACCAAGUGAGUUGGGUGCAUCAGAUGAAGAAUUCGAACAUGAGGGGGCUAGAAGAUGUCAGUGUGUGAUUCAAUAGAUUUCUGUCACAGGAAUGGAUCAAGCGUGCAUGUUGGUGUAUCAGUUGACUUAUGUUCUCUCGCAACUGAAGGAUUGCCUUUGGCGCUCUCAUCCGGGUUCUACACAGAGUUCUAUCACGCUUCUUAUUUGCCUUUCUUUGGGUGUCAAUACAUUUACCAGACUGGUUGCAGUUAUGGAGAGCGAGAUACUAUUCCUAGCUUUCUUUGAAAAUUUUCCGGUUUCUAUCUGUUGCAGGCUGUGUAUCAAUCUUACUUGCUGUCUGUUUCGAGGCUUCCAAUUUUGUCAGUGUCAGCUUCUUGGUUUAUCCCUAUAUAUAUUUUUUGAGUGUUGUAUCAAUCUUCUUGCUUUGGUUUUGUAAUUUUUUCUCAUUUGUUUUUCGCAUACCACAGUACAAUGUAUUACUUCAGUAUGUGAUUUUCUUCACUGUGCAUCUCAUAUAGAUAUUGUUUUGAUAA